UAAUAUUCUCAACAACUCAAUAAUUUUCUGGCAGUGUUUUUGAUUAUCGUUGAUCAUAAAAACUAGAUUUUAUAAUUAUAAAUAAAAGUUAUAAUCAUUUAAGUUCAUCAACAAGCAAUAUUAAAUAACAUAUAACAUGAAUAUAUAAUACAAAUUUCAUAUCAUUUCGCUACGAAUUUUCGCUUUCGCAUGAAAAACCAUCAAGUCGCCGUAGCGAAAAAAAUUAUAAGGACGCCAUAUUGGUUAAAAAAAAUGCUUUAAUUAUCAUCGUACUAUAGUCGACCCUUUCCAACAAAUGUAAAAAACUUUUGAGUCAGUGUGUGUAGUGUGUAGGGAAUAGGGAGACAGAAAAGUUUCUUCCAAUUCAUGCUAUAUUAAAAAUGCAAGUGACAAAAAGAGAUGAAAUUAUUAUGUCAAAUUUGCUGUGGUGAAAUACAAAUAGUUGUCGCAUAAAAGAGGCACCAAAAAUACAAAUUAAAUUUCGAAAACGAAAAGAGCAACGGCAAUAUUAACAAUGUGCCUCCUUCGGACUCGUUCACACUUGUUCUUUUUCUAACGCACGGUUACUGUCCGACUGAAGACGAAGAAGUCGCCGUAUAGUUCUUCACUCUCUUCGCUUCGUCGCCGUUGUCGAUGGAAGAAGUAGCAGCAGCAGCACCAGCCAGCAGCUACAGCAGAGAAUAGGAAACGAAAACGAAAAAAAGGAAUAAUUUAAUUUGGAUUUGGAUGAAGAAUAUCAAAUCAAGUUUUCUGGACGGUGGUAGAGCAUAAUUUGUACGUUUUAUUCGCAUCGCAAUCAAAGUCGGAAUUACGCGUUUGCAAAGUUUAAACAUCACGCUUUACUGAAAUUAUUCUAAAUUAUGGUUAGAACAUUGUGCAGAAAGAUUACUGAAAAGUAACUGCAAAGCAGAAAUGGUUGUUGGUUCAAAUAGCCAUCGUCGAGGUGAAACUGGCAACAGAUACACUAAUUACUCUUCAAGAUCACACCACUUUUCGAUGCCAUCUUCUGGCAGUAGUGGUGGCGGCAGCAGUGGCAGCACUGCAAAUUUGAAUGGCGGUCACGCAAGCCACAAUGGACACGGCACAUUCGGUCAUAAUUUGACAAACAACAAUAAUGGAUAUCAACUUGCCUUGUGCAAUGGUAUAAGUACAUCAUAUGCCAAUUACCGUCUGCACCAAUCAACUGGCAUGACACCCAAAGAACUAUCUGAAAAUGAUGAUCUAGCAACAUCUUUGGUUCUAGAUCCACAUCUUGGCUUUCAAACGCACAAAAUGAACAUUCGAUACCGUCCAUUGAAAGUCGAUAGCGAUGAAUUGAAAUCAAUUGUUGCCGAAUUUAUAACAACACAGAAUUAUGAGGUGGCUGUUAAGAGAAUAUUCAACGGUCAGUGGAUUCCAAGAUGUGUGAAGAAUAAAAACAAAGUCUCCAUCAAGAGGUUGCACGAUCACAUCAUUCGAUAUUUGCGUGUUUUCGACAAAGACAGCGGAUUCGUAAUUGAACCCUGCUAUCGUUACUCCCUCGAAGGCCAAAAAGGAGCAAAAAUAUGCUCAACCAAACGUUGGUACAAAAACGACAAAAUCGAAUGCCUUGUCGGAUGCAUAGCUGAGCUGUCGGAGGCCGAAGAAGCAGCUCUUUUGCACUCUGGAAAAAAUGAUUUCUCUGUGAUGUAUAGUUGCCGAAAGAACUGUGCCCAGCUUUGGCUCGGCCCCGCCGCCUACAUAAACCAUGAUUGUCGGGCAAAUUGUAAAUUCGUAGCUACCGGCAGGGACACAGCGUGCGUAAAAGUUCUGCGUGACAUUGAAGUUGGCGAGGAAAUCACUUGUUUCUAUGGUGAGGAUUUCUUUGGCGACGAGAACUGUUAUUGCGAGUGUGAGACUUGUGAACGUCGUGGCACUGGAGCCUUUGCCAAAACAAAAGGCGCUCAUGCGGACGGCGAGGGAAAUGCCAACGCAAACAAUCCCCAAGAAGCUGGCGGAUAUCGAUUGCGUGAGACUGACAAUCGCAUUAAUCGGAUAAAAAGCCGAGCGAAUUCCACCACAAACACUGAUACAAAUAGUUGUUUAAAUUUAGUAGAUAAUAACUCGAAUAGCACUGCAGCGAAGAAGGGCGAGCAAAGUGAUAGUAGUGGCAGUGAUGGAAAGAGUAACACCGUUGUGAUAGCAGCACCAUUGACUAUGAAAGAACUGCGCCAGAAAGGUAUGACCAAAUAUGACGCCGAAAUGAUCAUGGCCAAUGGGUAUCAUCAGAAGAUAAAUGGCGUUAAUGGCGGCGCGUCUCUGGUACCCGAGAAGCAGCAAAACGGGCGAACGGAGACCACCUGUCAUGCUAGGGAGUCGCUGAGAAAAUCCGCUCGUGUCAAUAGCACUAGCAGUAGUGUGAGUUCAGUUUCGACUGACACCGACAAUGCAACACUAGCCGUGCCAGUGUCAAGUACUACGAAGUGCAUCCAAACACGACGCACACUGCGCCGUCAAAAUGGAACAACCCAAGCUGCCGCCAACUCCAACGCUAACGCCAAUGCUUCAGCCACUCAAAGUCAUCGAUUUGCUUUACGUAGCUCACGAAAUCUUAGGAACUCGCCAACAGAAGUUAUGCACGUUGACAUGGAUGAGGACCAGGAAGAAAGUGGGCAUCGUAUAGCCAGCGAUGCGAUGCAUAAAACCAUAGUAUUCAAUGAGAACCACGAAAGUGCAGCCGACGAGAAUAGUUUAAAGGCGGUUAGGUAUUGUAAGUCACCUGAGGUGGGGCCGCCUAACCUACCACCGCCGAAAGUUGAGUCAAAUGGCAUUCCGAGUAGUGGAUCAAAUGGUCGUGUCCUGCGGAAUCAUUGCCGAAAAUUAAAGCCACAAAAUGUUGAUUCCAGCAGCGAUAGCCCCAAUAGCACUAUCCCCGUUUUAGUCCAUGAUAAACCGCCGAAAGUAGAAGCGACACAUAGUAAACAUCAACAGCAACAACAACAACCACAAACUGCCGUAGUAGAAAAAUUGCAUAAUCUUAACAGUAAUACAAUAAGUAGUAAUAAGUUAUUAUUAACAUUACCACCACCAACUAUAACAACAACAACAACAAUAACUACAACACAACAAAUAACAUUACAACCGCUACUAUCAAAUAGUAGCUGUAGUAACAGUAACAGUAACAUUAAUAGUAACAAUAACAAUAAAAAUACAUUCGAAGAAACUGCUGAGAUGUCUGCGACGCCUCCGAAGAAACAGCUAAACAUUAGCAGUGAUACAAACAGCAGUAGCGGAGGCAUCGAAGACACCAACAGCAGUAACAAGUGUAAUAGUAGCAGUAGUAGCACUGGUAGUAAUUUAAGUACGUUAAGUAAUUGUAGUAGUAGCGCCGAAAGCCAUUCUAGUAAUUCCACCAAUCCGGGGCUGUCUGCGUCGUCGCAGGGCUAUAGAAAAAAUUUAACUGCGUCAUUCGAAUCAAUGCAACAAUAUCAGCAGCAAAUGUCGAACGCUCCCGCCGCCGCCGACACCGCCGUGACUGAUAAUCCAACCAAUGGCGAAUCAAACCAGAGAUUGCGUCGAAAUGGGCGCACCUGUGCCCACAGCAUUCUCAACAACAACGUAGAGAAAGGUCGUAAUGAUAAAGUAGAAUUGCGCAAGCGGAAGCAUUCAAAAAGCAUCAGUGAGUCCGACCAGAGUAAUUCUUCGGCGAGCGAGUGUCGAGCCAUAACGCAACAUCCAACACCGCAGCCAAUAAUCGUCGAAGGAUCGGAGCCUUUGUUGAAGACUCCUGAGAGGCGGCUAAAACUGACAUUGCGCAUGAAACGCAGUCCGAUUCUAGACGAAGUCAUCGAAUCGGGAACAAGCCUAUCGGAUGAGAGUAGUAUGAACGGAAGUUCAGAGCCGGUAGAAUAUGAGAUUCUGCGCAUGGAAGGCAUUUCAGAGAAUGGCACCGAUUAUGAGGUGUCGUCAACCCCACAGAAACGCAAAAAACGACACAAAUCAAAAGACCACCGACGAAGAGAACACAAAAAGAUGAUGGCUGCUGCGGCAGCAUCAAGCGCUUCUCUAUCAAAGACACCUCUCUACCCAAGUCCGCCUACGAAUCACAUGACACCACAAAAGAAACGUCUGCGUUUGAUCUUUGGCAAUGAAAUCAAAACUAUCGACAUUCCUCCAUCGAAUGGAAAUGUAACAUCUUCGUCAUCUUCCAGCGGUGAUAUAACACUAUCUUCGCCAACGUCAUCGGUAAUGAGUGAAGAUAUAAGUUCCCCAAUUCCAACUCCAAUCCCAACCCCAUUGACAUCAACAGCCACACCCUCAAUGACGCCAAUGUUUUCGGCCACUCAAACUACAUCGUUUCUUUCCAACGCCAUGGCAACAACUCAUACAUUCGGGUCGUGUGCUCUGGCCGCACCGUUUGUUCGUUCGCCAGUGAUUAUUGCGAAUUCAAACUUGAUGUCCUCAGUCAAGGCAUCAGCGACAAAUCCAAAUAGUAGCGUUGAUCUGGUAUUGAAUUGAUGGCGGGAUAUGUUGUUUAACUGCAGACAAAUGCAUUCAAACGAAGGGCGGCGACUAAGACGAUGAAGACGCGUGUAGCUUUGACUUUGACAAAAAGUCGAGUUCGAAUUAAAGUUAAAGUUUUUGGGAGAAAGGAAAUUACGAUAAAGAAAAAGGCACAUGCGUGAAAUCGAAAUAAAAUAAAGGCAUUAAACUACUGCAAGUGCUUCUACUGCUGUUGCGAGGGGUAGUGUGCAUUUUUGUUUGUUAGAAUUUUGUUUAAAAAAAAAAUAUUUUGAGGGUGGCUGUAUUGGAGCCAAACGAAAAUGCUUUUGGCAUUCAAUUUUCUUAGAAAAAAAAAAGAAAAUUAUGAAAGCACAGUGAUUAAAAUAAUGGUCGGUUAUAGAUGAGAGUUGUCGGAGUAAAAUUUCCCAAACCAUUUUUUCCAUCUUCAGAAAUUGGGAACUUUACUAAUGUUGAAAUAAUGCCUCGAUAUUUAUUCGUAUCGGGGAUCGGCUUUCAUGCCAAUUUGUUAGCAUUGACAUAGAAAGGAAGACGUUGUGAGGGUUUCAAAUUUCGAGGGAAAUUUUAUUCCCCAUAGCCGAUAAUGUAAUGCUAACGGACUUUAAAUCAUAUUGCCGAGGCACAUAUCGCAGGCAACAAUCGUGAACUCGAUAAUUUACUGAGCAUAUUAUAACGAGUUUAAUUGUAGUAGAAAGCUUCUAAGAAUCUCAAACACCACUAUCGCCAAAUAUAUUCGUUAUGCAAAAUUUCCACGAGAAAUGGUGACACUUUCUUUGAGAUUCGUAAAUGUUAUCGAUUACGAACGUAUUAAUCCAGCCAUUGAAAAAGCAAAAAACGUAUUUUUCCUCAGAGUAUUGUGUUUUUCGAAAAAUGUGUCUUAGUCUCACAACACACAACUUUAACGAACUCUUGUCGAAAACUUUUCUAAAUCCUUUGGAUUAAAAAAAAAACGGAAAAAAGCGCUUCUCGGAAUUUCAUUGGAUUUCUACCGCAAACCGUUGCUAAUGGGUUUCCAAACUGACGUGUGUUCAAUGCAACUCUUAAGAGUUUAAAUUUAUGAACUUUUUUAUGUCUAUUUUUGUACUUAAGUAUCAACUUAUGAUUUCAAAUAACUAUCACUAAGUAUCACGUAUAAGGAUACAUUAUUCCUCAGUUCUCCGAUACAGUAGAAACUCACUAUUUGAUAGGUUGAUUAGCUUUUUCUUUGAAAACAACAAACCUAUUAUUAAAGUUUUAGAACUAAAAGACUUCUAUCGCUAAAAUAAACUUAAAACGCAGGACGUUUACCAAUCAGUCAAAAACGAAUGGUGGGUUAUUAUUUGGAACAAUGUAGAACUUUGACUUACACAUUUUGCUUUUGUGUUCUUCUAAUAAAAGCUCCAAGUGAAAGCAUAAAAAUAUUAAUGCCAAAAACAUUGAAACAAAAAAAAACUCAAAAGAUCUCCGUCUAAAAAUCCAAAAACAUGGAUUUUUAACCCACUUGAGCAGCAUUUACUCGUAACUAGGAUUAAAAAUAUAAAACAAUAAGAAAACAUAGGUUUUUGUUCAUUUUACGUUUGAUUCAAAGUAUUGAAUUUUACUAUUGUUUGAAUUUUGUUUUUAAAUUACAGUUUGAACUUUUUUUAUAAAUCCAUCUACAUAAUUAAAAUGCACACAAUCCCAAUCCAUUGUUACUGUUUUUAAAAAAAAAUGUUACACAAUUAUUGUUCUAUUUUUAUUUUAAAAUCAAAAUUUCUAAUUAUUAUAUUGUAUAUAUUAUUGCAUACAUAUAAAUUCAAAAACAAACAAAAAACAAAUAUUUUUACACUCAAAUAUUAUUAUCAUUUACUUUUUCUUUUUUUUCUCUAUGCAUUGCAGAUGGAAGAUUUAAGCAAAAAAUUAAAAGAACUCUAGGAAAAAUGAAAAAAUUGAGAAUGGAAUUAUAUAAAAUCCAAUUACAUACAUUGUACAGUUAAUAUUAAUAUAGUUAAAAAAUAUAUAUAUCUUUAAGACAAACAUAA